UUGGCGGUAAAAUGUGAAUUCACGCAUCUCGAUACCUAGUACACCAUUGUCAAAUUCCUUUCUUGAUUCCAACCUGGUUUUAACUGCUGCCACGAUCCUCCCACCCUCUUCGUUAGGCUUUACAACAGAAAAAGCUCGCUUUCAUCUACACACGACAAAUAUGGCAAAAUCCCAAAAUGAGCCAUCAAGGGGUGGACACAUCAAUCCCCCUCUCCCUCUCUUCAGAUCUAUCCCUUGCCUUCUUCCUCCUCUCUGAUCGUUCAAAUGCCCCGAAUUUUAUCUUAAUUUUACAUUAUUGCCCCUCCUACUGACACUCUCAUCUAUGUGUAGUAAAUUUAGGAUUCUAGGGUUUCUUUGUUCCGGAUUGAUUCUUGGUGCCGGAUAGAUGUUAAUCUUAUGGGGAAUCUAGGGUUUUAUAGUCUGUUUUCGCUGGUGGUGUUUGUUGUUGGGGUUAUUCUUCGGCAGAAAUGGAGGAAUGCGGCGGAAAGGAAGGAGGAGAUCAUGAGGUUGGUGGCUAUGGCCUCCGAAGAGGCUGCGGCAGUCGAGCUCGAGGCCGCCGUCGAGUACAGCUCCAUUCCAGUGGCCAGGCGGUACCAAUGUGCGGCGUGUUAUGGCCCAGCCACCACGCGGUGUUCCCAGUGCAAGGCCGUCCGGUACUGUUCUGGGAAGUGCCAAAUUAAGCACUGGAGACAAGGUCACAAGAAUGAAUGUGUUCCCCCAACCCCAACCUCUGCCAUGCAGUUUAAUGAUGGAAGUGGCUUUGGUGGCAAAACAACAUCCCAAAAUCAGUUUGAGAAUUAUGAUGCCAAAACAACAACUGGUUCUUUGUCUACCAGUACCUCAUCAUUUUAUGGCCUCACUCCCUCUGCUGCUAGAAGUGAACCAUUCAUUGAUGUUUCUGUUAGUGAUGUCCUUGGGUCAAGCACACCUGACAGCUCAAAGGGACUUUCUGAUGACAUUUCAUGUGAUUCCUUUGUAACUAUUUCUAAUGUUAAUAAUAUAAUUAGUACUGCUUGUGCAAGCAAGUUAAAUCAGAUGAAAUCCAUUUGUGAUGAUGAAGUGGAUCACUUUCAAUCGCAAUUUCCCAAAGCCAAGACUGCCAUAUGUGAUGAUACCCGGCCAAAAAGCUUGAGUAAUAAGAAGUCCAGUGGUGGAGCUCGCCAUUCAGAUGCUUCUAAGCACAGGAGCUCGCCACUCUUGAGCCGUUCAGGGUCUGAUUUUCUGGCUAGUGAUAGCAGAAAUGAGCCACAGGUAGUGAAGCGUAAAGAAGUCUCAUCUGUGUCAUCUACUGUUUCUGAUCACUCAUCUCCUGCUCCUGAAGGGCAUUCAGCUUCGGUUGCGAAGUCUGCAAAACAUACCUCGCCUAACAUGCACUCUGAGGUUGCAGGCUUGCAACAAAAUGCUUACAAUGGCUUGAGAACUUCUGUGCGGAAAGUUGCACAGCACUUUCGAGCCUCAAAACAGUCAAAGCCCCAGUUGUUAGGCAUUGGAAGUGGAAUUGCUGGAAAAUACAAUCACAAGAUGCUCUUUCCAUAUGAACUAUUCAUGGAAUUGUACUCUUGGGAAAAGGUGGAAUUGAGCCCAUUUGGCCUCAUGAACUGUGGGAACAGUUGUUAUGCUAACGCAGUGCUUCAGUGCUUGACUUUUACUCGGCCUCUUGCUUCUUAUCUUCUUCAAGGGCUACACUCGAAAGCAUGUCCAAAGGAGGACUGGUGUUUCAUCUGUGAGUUUGAAUGUCUAAUUCUUGAGGCAAGGGAGGGGAAGUCUCCCUUGUCUCCAAUGGGAAUUCUCUCCCAAAUACAAAGAAUUGGAAGUCAUCUUGGACAUGGGAGAGAAGAAGAUGCCCAUGAAUUUUUGAGGUAUGCUGUUGACACAAUGCAAUCUGUUUGCCUCAAGGACACGGGAGUUGUGGGUCCCUUGGCAGAAGAUACAACUCUAGUGGGCCUGACCUUUGGGGGAUACCUUUUAUCUAAGAUAAAGUGCAUGAAGUGCCAAGGCAAAUCAGAGCGGUGUGAGAGGAUGAUGGAUCUUACUGUUGAAAUAGAUGGAGACAUUGGAACCCUUGAAGAGGCUCUUGCGCAAUUCACAGCUACUGAAAUCUUGGAUGGGGAAAACAAGUACCAAUGUGGCAGAUGUAGAUCAUAUGAGAAAGCGAAAAAGAAGUUGAUGGUAUUGGAGGCACCAAAUAUCCUUACAAUUGUGUUAAAGCGAUUUCAGUCCAGUAAUUUUGGGAAGUUGAAUAAGUCAGUCCGGUUCCCUGAGACGCUGAACUUGACCCCAUAUAUGAGUGGCACAGAUGAUAGAUAUCCUGUCUACAGUCUUUAUGCAGUGGUGGUUCACUUGGAUAUUAUGAAUGCAGCAUUUUCUGGGCACUAUGUGUGUUUUGUUAAGAAUUUCCUUGGAGAUUGGUUCAGGAUUGAUGACAGCACAGUAACACCUGUGGAAUUGGAUAGGGUCUUAUUAGAAGGGGCAUACAUGCUACUGUAUGCAAGGCGCUCUCCAAAGCCCCCUGCUUUGUCAAGGAACAUGGCUGUUUCUCAUGAAGGGAAACUGAAGAUGAGGAACUUGGAAGCUGUUCCUUCCAGCCUUGCUGCUACCAAACCGAGAUCCAACUCAGCAGUUCCAGGUGUGGAUCGUUCUAUGAUACAACGGAAGCUUGAAAACUCAUGCUGGACGACUUGGGAUGGUCCCACAAGUAAUCAGUGGCUUCGGCCAGAAGAUUGGAGAUCUCACUCAAUGCAAAGGGUUGGUGUGGUUGAUUCCUCAAGUGAGAGUUCUUCCCUCUUCAGCUGCUGCUCAGAUGAAGGUUCUUGCAGUACUGAGAGCACAAACGACUCUGCGAGCACAGGAGACUUCUCUGAUUACAUAUUUGGUGAAGUGGGAAACAGUUGGUACAGAAAUUAUGGACUUUCAUCAGAUUCAGAUAUAACUCCCUCCUUGUUUUCAAGACCUUCAGGCUCUUCCCGGAGCAAUGGAGGUGAUGGGGUUCGGAGGAGGCUACCACACCAAGGAAGCAGCUGGGGAGAGGAGUUGGAAGGAGAAGGUAACUCAUCAUUUUUGUAUAAUGGCACAAGUAAACAUAGUAAAAUGUGUACCACCCAAUUUGGUGGUAGUAGUAGUGAAACUGAUUUGGGGCGACUAGUUGCGGGUAAACCUAUUGAUGUAAAGUCGGGUGUUCCCUUCAAAAGGGCAAGUAGAGAAAGAUCAGCUCAAACAUUUUAUUGAGGUUUGAGUUGAGAUCCAUGCUAGUGAAGUAGGAUGUAAUUGUUGGUAUAUACAAAAAAAGAAAAAAGGAAAAAAAAAAAUCCAUCAUAUGAUUUAUUCUUCUUUUA